GAUUCAUCUAAUAGGUUGAAACAAUUUCUUCAUAUUACUUAAGAGUUGAUUGCUCUGUCAAGUGUAAAGGUAGUGAGACUUGUUCAGGUUAAUUUUGGAGUUAGUUGGUGCCCUUAAAGCUGUCAAAAUGAGCUGCUUUACAUUCCUGAAGGUCAUGAUGAUUUUGUUUAACCUGGCCAUAUUUCUUGGCGGAGCAGCGCUGCUGGGCAUUGGGAUCUGGGUUAGUGUUGACAGUAAAUCCUUCCUCAAUAUAUUUGGUGCGAUAUCCGCCAGUGUCCUCCAAUUUGUGCACGUUGGUUACCUCCUCAUUGCCAUUGGAGUUGUUCUGUUCCUGCUGGGUUUCCUAGGAUGCUGUGGAGCUCAGAAAGAGAGCAAGUGCCUUCUGAUCACGUUCUUCAGUAUUAUCCUGAUCAUCUUCAUAAUUGAAGUUGCUGGUGCGGUGGUAGCUUUGGUUUACACAUCACUCGCACAGACUCUAUUGCAAGCAACAGUGGCAAAAUUACUAAAAGAUGACUAUGGGAAAGAUAGCCCACUUACUGAAGCAUGGAAUGUUACAAUGACUGAGCUGAAAUGCUGUGGUUUAUCAAAUUACACAGACUUUAAUAACUCCUAUUUCUACAAGGCCUCAAAGCACUUUUAUCCAGGGCAAUGCUGCAAUUCUUCCAUCUUGUCUGUCUCUGGCACUACUUGCAAUGAAACUCUAGCUGAAAACUCUGCAGUGAAGGGCUGCUUCGAUCAGAUGCUGACUGAAAUUCGUAGGAAUGCAGCUGUAGUGGGUGGAGUUGCAGCUGGAAUUGGGGCCUUAGAGAUUGGAGCAAUGGCAGUGGCAAUGUACCUUUAUUGCAAAAUGGAUGAAAAGUGACUGGGAUAGGCAAAGGAAAGGAUUACCUUCCCACAAGCCAAACCUAUGACACAACACUUUCUUAACCCGUAUCUACAGCAAUUAAACAUUUCAUGGGCCUGGGGCCUGAAUGUAUAAUUAACCAAUUGACUCUACCCAGAUGGAAUCUUUAGCAUGUACAUAAAUGAAAUUGUGAAAAGCAAUGUUAUAAGAAAACUCUAUUAACAGAAAGGUCCUUUGAAUUGAAAGCCAGAAAUGGGAGGUGGGGGUGGGGGGUGGAGGAAACAAAAGUAAACCUGGAAAUGUUUGUGCCUUCUAAAAAUGGCCUUUUUUAAUAUGUGCAGUGUGAAGAUUUCUGCUAGCUUUGAUAUUUGUCAACCUGGGUUGUAGAAAAUCUCUUUAAGAAUAAAUGAUCCAGAAUGGAUUUAAAUGGAUUUAUUUGAAAAGCUUGGGACUGAUUACCGUAUAUACUCGAAUAUAAGCCGAUCCGAGUAUAAGCCGAGGUCCCCAAUUUUACCCCAAAAACUGGGGUAAACUGGGGACUCGAGUAUAAGCCGAGGGUGGGAAAUGAGGCACCUACCGGUUGGGGAAACCCUCCCUCCCUCAGCUGAGAAGGCUGGCGGCUCCCCCGCCCCGCCCUCUCACUGCACCGGCAGGGCUUCCGUCCGGUAAAAUGUGAAAAAAAGAAAAAAAAACAACUUGAGUAUAAGCCGUAUAUACUCGAGUAUAAGCCGAGGGGCUUAAAAAAAAAAAAACUCGAGUAUAAGCCGUAUAGACCCGAGUAUAAGCCGAGGGGACGUUUUUCAGCACAAAAAAUGUGCUGAAAAACUCGGCUUAUACUCGAGUAUAUACGGUAAUUGAAAUACCUGUGUAUUACCAAUGGGGAAUCAGCAUUAUUUUUGUUCUUGACAUAAAAUAAUAGAUGAGCAAUUGUUUGUCUACUGCUGGGGGAAAACAUGGCUGUAAAAAUUGAUAGGAAAGGAAAUGAUUUUCUAAGGACUGAAAGGGUGUCUGAUUGAGCUGGCUGUGUAUGAAAGGAGUUUCCCUUUGUAACUAAUUUUAUUGUACAUGAUGUAGUCCUCUAUUUUUUUAUUCUGUGUGAAUACAGUUUAA